AUGGCCUCCUCAACUGCCGACCAGUCGUCGGCAUAUACGCUAAUGGAGAAACUUGGUGUCGGCAACUUUGGCACAGUAUGGAAAGCCGUUCACAAUGUCACAAAGGAUGUCGUGGCCAUCAAGAUGGUCGACCUGGAAUCUACCGACGACGACAUUGCAGAGAUUCAGGCCGAAAUCUCCCACUUGUCAACCUGCUCAUCAGAUCAAAUCACUCGGUACUAUGGCAGCUUUGUCAAAGGGUAUCGCUUAUGGAUCGUCAUGGAGUACAUGGCAGGCGGCAGUUGUCUAGACUUGCUCAAACCUGGUGUGUUUACAGAGCAGCAGAUUGCGAUUGUCUGCCGCGAGAUCCUGUUGGGUCUCCAAUACCUGCAUGCCGAGGGAAAGAUCCACCGCGACAUCAAAGCAGCCAACAUUCUGCUCGCUGCCAAUGGAGAUGUCAAGCUUGCCGACUUUGGUGUUGCGGCUCAACUGUCGUCCCACAAAUCGCAACGUCACACUUUUGUUGGCACACCAUUUUGGAUGGCUCCCGAAGUGAUUCGUCAAACCGGUUACGACUCGCGUGCCGACAUCUGGUCAUUGGGUAUCACAGCUAUUGAGAUGGCCAAGGGUGAACCACCACUAGCCGAGAACCACCCGUUCAAAGCCAUCUUCCUCAUUCCCAAGGCCGACGCACCGAGGCUGGAGGAGUCUGGCUGGAGCAAAGACUUUUGCGACUUUGUGGCAGCCUGUCUUCAAAAGCAACCCAGAAACCGCCCGCUGGCAAAGGACCUGCUUCGACACCCCUUUAUCACUUCUGCUCCUCGCACAUCAGACCUCGUCGACCUCGUUGAGCGAUACCGCGACUUUCAAGAGCAAAAGGCAAAGCCUGGGUCUGCCACUCAGGAUUACAAGACAGUCAUGGCGACUGGCGGACCUGUGCAGACGGAAUGGGACUUUGAUGAGACAAUCCGCGGCACCAUCAAGGGGGUUCCAGUCAAGUUUGACUUGGGCGACUUUGAUGACGAUGAGGAAGACCAGGUGGUUGUCUCGAGGGAACCCACCACAGCGAGCGAGGCCAAGCCACCAGUGUCUCAGACGACUGUCCGCAAGUCGGAUAUUGGAGAAGAGUCUUCCACCAUGAGGCCUUUGAAGAAGGCCCCUGCACAAUCUCUUCCACCUGCGUUUGAGGAUUUCGUCCCUGGUGGAACCAUGAUGGCCACGGUCAUCAACCCUGCUCUUGAUUCGUUGAGCCAGGAUGCGCCACUUGCUAGAAAUGCGGUCCACACAAUCCAGCAAGGUUUUGCCGAACUGGCGAAGCACAACCCUGAGCUGGUUAUUGACCUUGUAAGCAAGGUGACUGAACGCAUGGACCGAGCAACGCCAGCCGCCACCACCACUCCAAGCGAUGUUAUCAAGGACCGGAGCCCUCUUGCCGACCAGCUGUAUCAGCGAUGGCUGGAUGGACUUCGUGUCAAGGUUGGCGCAGGGGCAUAG